AUCUGGCGUCGUUGCUCACUUCUGUAAAAACCCCUGCUUCGUGCCAUUGACAUAAAGCGAAGAUUUUUCUCUCUCUCACUCUCUUUGUCUUCCAUCUUCGUCACCACCCGCACUAUGCAAUCCCAAAUGCUUCUUGAUUCCACCAUCCGUAAGUGAUUUGUGGUGAAGCCUAGGUUUCUGGGCUGGUUUUGUGGAAUCUGGUGAAGUUUUGGAUUUUGGGGGUGUUGGUUGAGUAGAGUGGGUGAAUUGGAUUGGACUAGUUGGUUGAAGUUUGGUGCAAGUGAGUUGAGAUGAGUGUGGUGGGGUUUGACAUUGGUAAUGAGAACUGUGUCAUUGCUGUAGUUAGGCAACGUGGCAUUGAUGUUUUGUUGAAUUAUGAAUCCAAACGUGAAACCCCGGCUGUGGUCUGCUUCAGCGAGAAGCAGCGGAUUUUGGGGUCUGCUGGUGCUGCUUCUGCUAUGAUGCACAUCAAGUCCACAAUAUCUCAAAUAAAGAGACUAAUUGGAAGGAAGUUUGCAGACCCUGAUGUGAAAAAAGAGCUGAAAAUGCUCCCUGGUAAGACUUCUGAGGGUCAAGAUGGAGGCAUUUUGAUUCACUUGAAGUACUCGGGGGAGAUUCAUGUAUUUACACCUGUUCAAUUUCUGUCCAUGCUCUUUGCUCACUUAAAGACUAUGACCGAAAACGAUUUGGAGAUGCCCAUUUCAGAUUGUGUUAUUGGGAUCCCAUCUUACUUUACCGACUUGCAGAGACGGGCGUAUCUUGAUGCAGCGAAAAUUGCCGGGUUGCAGCCUUUGAGAUUGAUCCAUGAUUGUACUGCAACUGCCCUUAGUUAUGGAAUGUAUAAAACAGAUUUUGGCAGUGCAGGUCCAGCUUAUGUUGCAUUUAUUGACAUUGGUCACUGUGAUACUCAGGUCUGUAUUGCAUCAUUUGAGUUUGGGAAAAUGGAGAUACUUUCACAUGCAUUUGAUAGGAGCUUAGGAGGGAGGGACUUUGAUGAGGUUAUAUUUAGUCAUUUUGCAGCAAAAUUCAAGGAAGAGUACCACAUUGACGUGUAUUCUAAAACAAAGGCGUGCUUUAGGCUACGUGCAGCAUGUGAGAAAUUGAAGAAAGUUUUGAGUGCAAAUCUAGAGGCACCUCUAAAUAUCGAGUGCUUGAUGGACGGGAAAGAUGUUAAGGGAUUUAUCACAAGGGAAGAAUUUGAGAAGCUGGCAUCAGGAUUACUGGAGAGAGUUUCUAUUCCUUGCCACAGAGCAUUAACUGAUGCAAACUUGACAGCAGAGAAGAUUUCUUCUGUAGAGCUAGUUGGUUCAGGUUCUAGGAUUCCAGCUAUAAGUACAUCACUAACUUCUCUGUUCAAGAGAGAACCCAGCCGACAGCUGAAUGCAAGUGAGUGUGUAGCUCGUGGUUGUGCUCUACAGUGUGCAAUGCUCAGUCCUGUUUACCGCGUGAGAGAAUACGAGGUCAAGGAUGUUAUUCCCUUUUCAAUUGGACUUUCAUCAGAUGAAGGUCCAGUUGCUGUGAGAUCAAAUGGUGUACUUUUCCCAAGAGGCCAACCCUUUCCAAGUGUUAAAGUCAUAACCUUUCAGCGAAGUAAUUUGUUUCAUUUGGAAGCUUUCUAUGCUAACCCAGAUGAACUACCACCUAGGACAUCUCCUAAAAUUAGCUGUGUCACGAUUGGUCCUUUCCAUGGAUCCCAUGGUAGUAAGAUCAGAGUUAAAGUUAGAGUUCCACUUGAUCUGCAUGGCAUUGUCAGUAUUGAAUCAGCUACAUUGAUCAAGGAUGACAUGGAUGAUUUGGUUAUGGCUGGUGAUUAUCAUUCAAAUUCUGAUGCAAUGGACAUUGAUCCCAUUUCUGAGACAGUUACCAAUGGGUUUGAAGAUGAUACCAAUAAGAAGUUGGAAUUUCCAUGUAGUUCUGCUGAUGGUACAAGAAAAGAUAAUAGAAGGCUUAAUGUGCCAGUGAAUGAGAAUGUCUAUGGUGGAAUGACAAAGGCAGAGAUCUCAGAAGCUCUUGAAAAAGAACUCCAGUUAGCCCAACAGGACAGAAUUGUAGAGCAAACCAAAGAAAAGAAGAAUAGCUUGGAGUCUUUUGUUUAUGAUAUGAGGAGUAAGCUCUUCCACACAUAUCGGAGCUUUGCAAGUGAACAAGAGAAGGAUGGCAUAUCUAGAAGCCUUCAAGAGACUGAGGAAUGGCUUUAUGAGGAUGGUGUUGAUGAAACUGAACAUGCUUAUUCUUCAAAACUGGAAGAUCUGAAAAAGCUGGUAGAUCCAAUUGAGAAUCGGUACAAAGAUGAUAAAGAAAGAGUGCAUGCUACACGAGAUUUAUCAAAGUGCAUUUUAAAGCAUCGUGCUUCUGCAGAUUCCCUUCCACCCCAGGAUAAAGAACUGAUCAUCAAUGAGUGCAAUAAAGUGGAGCAGUGGUUGAAAGAGAAGAUCCAGCAACAAGAAUCAUUUCCAAAGAAUACUGACCCAAUAUUAUGGUCAAGUGAUAUCAAGAGCAAGACAGAGGAGUUAAACUUAAAAUGCCAACAGAUAUUGGGAUCUAAGGCUUCUCCAUCUCCAGAAGACAAAGACAAGCCGGAUACUUUCAAUGAUCCAUGAAUACAUUGAUGUGAUUAUACCACAUGGAACUGAAGACCCAAGUUUUCAUCACUGAUACCAUCUGACAAAUAUAGAAAAAAAAAGUUUCCUUUCAUUUUUGCUUUGCAGCGAUUUGUAUUUUCAUAAUCUAUCUAAUAUUUUCUGAUAUGAUAUAGUUUCUUCAAAUGAAUCGAAUAGAUUCUGCUUUAGGGAAGAAAAAAAAUGUGUGAAGUAUUAGUGGCACUUGUUUCUGCUUUGUGCUCAAAUAAAUUCUUACAAAAUUGAUUGGUCAAUCUCGAAUAAUGUCGGAGUCUGUUGUGAAGCUUUUAGCAUAUAAGAACGUGUUACGCGGCUUUAUGAUAAUGAAUGAAAUUAAAUGACUGUUAUUAUUAUU